AUGCAACUAUGCGUGUUCGGUCGAUGUGCAACAACUGUAUGGUUUGUAAAAGUUGUUUUUGUUAACUUUUUUUUUUUUCCUUCCCAAAUUAAAAGACGCAGUCAUUGGUGUAUCCUUCCAAACGAUGGACAGUCACGGGGUUGACAAGGGCAGGAUAUUUGAAGAAAUAGAGGACUUUGUCCUCCACGUAAUGUCCUGGUUGCUAAGCUUUGACGUGGAUAUUUUUAAGGCCAACUCGGAGAAGCAGUACCCCCGCGCCCUCCUCAACCGGCGCCUCGUGGGGCUCUGCAGGACCGUAUCCGUCGUACAGCUCGUCAACGAUAUGGUCAUUCAGGACAAGAGCUGCACGCAGAGGGAAAUAUACUACAAGCUGUACAACCUCUUCAGCGAGCAGUGCCAAACGAAUCGGCACAUCCUGCACGUUUGCCACAUCUUGGGAUUCCCCAGGGCAUCCCUAAAUGUCUAUGCCUCGGAAAAAGGGUGCAUAGGCGGUCUCCUCGUGCUUCGAAAAAAGAACGAGCGUUUGAAUCUGAACGAAUUGGAAAACGGUUUAAUGAUUAAUGACAGCCUUUUAAAAGUCGAUCGCGUGGAGAGUCAAGCAAACUACAUACUCGUGGUGGAAAAAUAUUCGCUAUAUCAAAAGCUUUGCGAAAAGGAGAUAUGGAAUAUUUUGCCCUGCAUUUUAAUAACCGGAAAGGGAGUGCCUGAUUUUUCCACUCGGAAAAUUAUUUGCGAGCUCGUGGAACUCUUCCAGCUGGAGUGCGUCUACGUGGGAGACUACGACCCCUACGGCUUCCGAAUAUACUUGAGCUACAAGGAGGGCUGCAAAACCAACGAAGAUGCCAUCUUCGCUUGUACCGAUAUGCGAUGGGUUGGAAUGAAUUCACAGGACAUGGACCUUAUCCCCAAAGAGGCCCUCCUGGAGUUAUCCAAGCGGGACAAAAAUGUUUUGCGCAAUAUGCUAAAUGGUGACAGACUCAGGUGCAGUGCAAAGGUGAGAAAGGAAAUCACUCAAAUGGAAAAGCUGAGUCGAAAAUUUGAAAUAGAGGCGAUGGAGUCUUUGGGCAUGGAUUUUUUCAUCCGGCAGUAUUUGAUAAGAAGGGUAAUGCGGCGGGAGUGGGCCUCCUGA